UCUCAGCUAACCCAAAAAACCAAACCCGUUGCCGUGACUACCACUCAUAGUGACCCUAUUAUAGGACAGAGUAGAACUGCCCCGUAGGGCUUCCGAGGCUGUAAUCUCUACCGAAGCAGAUUGCCACAACUUUCUCCGACAGAGCGGCUGGUGAGUUUGAACUGCCGACCUUUAAGUUAGCAGCCAAAGGCUUAAAAAACUGCGCCAUCAGGACUCCUCCGCUGACUGACCCGUUGCGGUCCAGUGGAUUCCGACUUAUACGACUCUAGAGGACAGAGUAGAACUGACCCCACAGACUCAGUCUAAAGAGGAUUCCAACUGCCGACCUAUUUGGUUAGCAGUCGAACUCUUAACCACUAAUCCACCAAGGUUCUCCCCGCUGACUAGGGCCUAGUAAAGACACCGGAAUCACGGAGAGGGCGCCUGCGACAGACCUUCCGCCGCGGGGCACUGAGCAUGCGCGCGCCGCGCCAUCGCUUGCGUCACUCAAACGUGCCCAGGUUCUCGGUGGCGGUUUUAGGCCCCUGCGGCGACGGCGGCAGCGGCGGGCGGGAGGUAGUCCCGGGCAGGUUCCUCUCGGUACUCCCAUGGAGGAGGCUACGCGCACCGCCGCAGCGCCGGAUGCUCGCACUUCCUACUGGACGACGACGAAGGCGGUGGCUGCGCGAGCGAAGGAGGGGGCGGCCCGGCGUCCUGUGUGGAGGCAAGCUCCAGGGGCCAACUUGUGGGCCAGCCAGUCCGUCUAGGGCUGGGGAACGCACUUCAGGAGCAACUUCCCUUUUCCCGGAGACCAGCAACGCGUGUUCUGAGGAACCCCACCGGGAAUUAAGUUCUGUUAGAGCCCCCGGAAAGCCGUUUCGGCCCUGUAGGUGGCGCGUAUUUAUUAGUUCAUUAAGACAGUUUCAUUUUGUCGCGGUGAGUUUUAGAAAAUGGUUUCAGCUACUGUGGAGGUAUUAAUUCAGUUGAACAUGCCCUGUAAGUCAGCUGUAAAGCAAAGUUUUACAUAGCUGUUUUAUUUCAUUCCCUAACUUUAAUAAAAUCACCGAAUCCUAACUGUCUGUUCAUACAACUACGUAAAACUCAAUAUACAUUUGGUUUUGUGUUUGUUUCUCAUGAAUUUCUUUAAGAUUUUUAAUUCAUUUAAUACAGGAUCACAUCCAUUCUGUUUCUAGAAAUUCUGUAUGUACCAUGUGCUCAGUACCUUUUUUUGUUUUAAGUAAUAAGAGGAAAUGUGAGAGAGAUCUUUAUUUCAUUCCAUUAAGCUCUUGGAGCAGUAUUGUGCACGUUAUGUUUGGUUGAUAGGUUUCAGUUAGUUGGUAGAAAGAGUGAGUACGAGAGCUAGUAAUGGAGUCCUUUUGCCUACUUCUGUAUUUUCUUUUCUAGGCUGGAGCUACUCUGCCAGGAGUUAAAACUUUAACUGGGAAUAAAAGGUAACAUUUACGAGGAAAUGAGUGAAUAAGUCAUUAUCUCACCUCUUCCAGCCUUGUUUUCAUAAGACAGACCUUACUAAACUUACGUAUUUGAAGACUCCAGUACCAUCCAUCAGUUUUUGUUCUGUGAUCAAUGUGGUUCACAGGAACUUCUUAAGUAGUAAACGACAUGAGCCAGGGGCGUGGAAAAUAUGACUUUUAUAUUGGUCUGGGAUUGGCUAUGAGCUCCAGCAUUUUCAUUGGAGGGAGUUUCAUUUUGAAAAAAAAAGGCCUCCUGCGACUUGCCAGAAAAGGCUCCAUGAGAGCAGGUCAAGGUGGCCAUGCAUAUCUUAAAGAAUGGUUGUGGUGGGCUGGACUGCUAUCAAUGGGAGCUGGUGAGGUGGCCAACUUCGCUGCAUAUGCAUUUGCACCAGCCACGUUAGUGACUCCAUUAGGAGCUCUCAGCGUCCUAGUAAGUGCCAUUCUCUCUUCAUACUUCCUAAAUGAAAGACUUAAUCUUCAUGGGAAAAUUGGGUGUCUGCUGAGUAUUUUAGGAUCCACGGUUAUGGUCAUUCAUGCUCCAAAAGAAGAGGAGAUAGAGACCUUAAAUGAAAUGUCUCACAAGCUAGGUGAUCCAGGUUUUGUGGUCUUUGCAACACUUGUGGUCAUUGUGUCUUUGAUACUAAUCUUUGUGGUGGGACCUCGCCAUGGACAGACAAACAUCCUUGUGUACAUAACAAUCUGCUCUGUAAUCGGAGCAUUUUCUGUCUCCUGUGUGAAAGGCCUGGGCAUUGCCAUCAAAGAGCUGUUUGCGGGAAAACCUGUGCUGCAGCAUCCCUUGGCCUGGAUUCUGCUGCUGAGCCUGAUAGUCUGUGUGAGCACACAGAUUAAUUACUUAAAUAGGGCCUUGGAUAUAUUCAACACUUCAAUCGUGACUCCAAUAUAUUACGUAUUCUUUACAACAUCAGUUUUAACUUGUUCAGCUAUUCUCUUUAAGGAGUGGCAAGAUAUGCCUGUUGAUGAUGUCAUUGGUACUCUGAGUGGCUUCUUUACAAUCAUUGUGGGAAUAUUCUUGUUGCAUGCCUUUAAAGAUGUCAGUUUUAGCCUAGCAAGUCUGCCUGUAUCUUUUCGAAAAGAUGAAAAAGCAAUGAAUGGCAGUCUCUCUAAUAUGUAUGAAAUUCUUAGUAGUGAAGAAACCUUAACCUGUGGAAUUGAGCAACACACAGGUGAAAAUGUUUCCCGAAGGAAUGGAAAUCUGACAGCUUUUUAGGAGGUAUAAUUAAAAGGUUAAUCUAUAGUUCUGUUUUAAAGUGAAUUUGAGUAUCAGAAUGUGUCUGAAAAAGCAUUGUUCUCAAAUAAUGUUCUCUAAAGACAAUCUUUUUUAAGGUUUCAUUGAUUUGGACGAAGAAAUUACUUUUCUUAGAUCUAAAUGAUGGUAGCUCACUACAGUGACCUCAGUACAUGGCCGAUUUCUAUUUCUCUUAACAUUGUAUUACUGUAGAGGCUUUUUAAAGUUUGAUUCCUUCACCAAAAACUAAAUGCACUAAUGACAAUUUUAAGUCUAUAAAAAUGUUUUAUUUUUUCAUUGGUGAUAAAAGUCUGAAGUGUACACUGGUCAUCCCUACUCUGUCAAGACCGGACCGUUUUAGGCUUUUUGGUUUAAAUUACCCUGUGGUUUACCUUACAUAUAAAUACAACUCCUGUUUGAUGAAUUAUUUUAAUUUUGAACUGUUAAGGGAAUCCUAAGUUACUAAAGGAGGGAUCACUCUAGACCACAAAAAUGUAGGCAAUCACCUCAUACACUUUUCAGGCUGUGACUUAGUUACCAUACAUACGAUUUCCCGUAUACAUCUGAUGGACUUACGUGACAGUCUUGUUAAACCAGCUGUACCUUGCAUCUGCUGGGGCUGGGCUCUUGGAAUCUGCCAGUUUUAUUUUUCAGUUACUCUAUAAUCUUGUGACGUCUGGAAGCUUAUUAUUUUACAUCAGCUCUUGUACUUUUCCUUGUAUUUUCAUAAUGACUUAUGUCAUUUAUGCCUUUUAAUAACUGAGAAAU